AUGAAACUAGUCCAAGAUCUUUGGUUAAACGAAUCGAAGAACAAGAAUUUGGUGUACUCUCCAUUCUCAAUCAACAACGCUCUAGGUUUACUAGCUUCUGGAGCAAGAGGAGAAACAUUAAAACAGAUAUUAGGCUUCCUUAAUUCUGAAAGCCUCAGCACUUCAAAUUCUGUUAAUUCUCAACUCAUUGACAAGUUGUUGAGAAAGACACAAACCGGACCUAAACUGUCUUUCGUUGGCGGUGUUUGGAUUGAUAAAUCAACGUGUUCUAUAAAUCCUUCAUUCCAAGAAGUUGCUCGUGCAGUUUACAAAGCGGAAGCCGAAACUGUGGACUUCUUAAAUCAGAGCAGCCAAGUGCUGAAGAAGGUGAACACAUGGGCUGAAAAGGAAACCAAUGGAUUAAUUAAAGGUCUUCUACCUGUUAAUGCAGUCAAUGAAUGUACACAAUUUAUAUUGGCGAAUGCACUCUAUUUCAAAGGAAGUUGGUAUAAACAAUUUGAACCAUCAAAAACUAAGAUUUCAAAGUUUCAUCUCCUCAAUGGAAAACAAUCAGUAGACGUUCCCUUCAUGUCAUCUCCAGGCGAUCAAUAUAUUAGUUGUUAUGAUAGCUUUAAAGUAUUGCGACUCCCAUAUCAAAGGGAUGGGAAAAUCCCUCCUCAUUUUUCUAUGUACGUAAUUUUACCCGAGCAACGUGAUGGGCUCAGUGAAUUUAUAGAAAUGGCGAUCUCCGAUCCUUCUUUUUUGAAUCAAUAUCUCUCAUCAGAUUAUUGUAGUAAGGUUCCAACAAGAGAAUUCAAGAUUCCCAAGUUUAAAAUUUGUUUUGAUUUUGAAGCAAAAAGAGUUCUAGAGAAAGCAGGAGUAGUUUCACCUUUUGAUGAAUCUAAGGCAGAGCUGACUGAGAUGGUUAAUCUUCAGAUGGUAAAUGGGAAUACUUUUAUUUCAGGGGUUUUUCACGAGUGUUUUGUUGAAAUUGAUGAAAAAGCAACUGAAGCGGCUGCUUCUACUGUUACUGUUGUGGUGACUAAUUCUCGUCCAGUUGAUUUUGUGGCAGAUCAUCCUUUCAUGGUCAUUAUAAGAGAGGAGGAAAGCGGUGUGGUGUUGUUCAUGGGACAUGUCCUUAAUCCUUUAUCAAACUAG